CGGGUGGCGACCUUCCAACUUCUGAAGAGUAACGGAAAUCCUCAAGAUGUUGUGACAGCCUCUUUUCGACUCGCAAGUUUCUUUUUACCAUUAACAGCGCGUCCGCAUUUCCGUGUUCGAGCUAUGUCCGCUUCAACGUUCCGUGCAUGUGCCAGAAUGGCGUCCCGCCCCCAACAGCGCCUUGCUAGCAUACAAAGACAGUUCAGCACUUCGAGAUCCGCGGCGAAGGAAGUGCGGGAUGCAUAUAUCAUAAGUGCCAGCCGGACGCCAACAGGUGCCUUCAAUGGCCAGUACACGACCGUUUCGGCGACACAGCUCGGUGCCGCUGCCAUCAAAUCCGCCGUCGAGAAGUCAAAGGUCCCCAUCUCCUCGAUAGAUGCUGUAUAUAUGGGCAAUGUCCUUUCCGCCGGCGUCGGGCAAGCUCCCGCACGGCAAGCCGCCAUCUUCGCCGGUCUUUCCCCCAACAUCGAGGCGACCACCGUCAACAAGGUUUGCGCAUCGGGCUUGAAGGCUACAAUGAUUGCGGCGUCGACGAUUGAGCUCGGUCAAGCGGAAGCGCAGGUCGCAGGCGGUAUGGAGAACAUGACCCGGGUGCCGUAUUAUCUCAACCGUGCGAGCCAGCAGCCGGCGUUCGGCGACCAAAAGCUUCAGGAUGGCUUGAUUGGGGACGGGCUCUGGGAUGUUUACAAUCAGAUUCACAUGGGCAACUGCGCGGAAAAUACGGCGAAGAAGUACCAGAUUUCGCGCGAGGAGCAGGAUGAGUACGCCAUUUUGACGUACAGGCGCGCUCAGCAAGCAUGGAAAGACGGGCUGUUCAAGGAAGAGAUCGUACCUGUUACAGUCAAGACGAAGAAAGGAGAGACAGUGGUCACCGAGGAUGAGGCCUACAACAAGUUGAAACUUGAGAAGGUUCCCACCCUCAGGCCGGCCUUUACUAAGGAUCUGAGCGGAACUAUCACUGCGGCGAACAGCUCGUCUUUCAGCGAUGGCGCUUCUGCUGUGGUUGUAGGUAGCAAGGAAAUCGCACAGCAGUACGGCCAGGACAGCCGUGUAUUGGCUAAGAUCGUCACUUAUGCCGAUGCUGCGGUUGACCCCAUUGACUUUCCCAUCGCCCCCUCCGUCGUCGUCGAGAAGCUCCUCAAGCAGUCUGGCCUCACCAAAUCCGACAUUGCCAUCUGGGAGUUCAAUGAGGCCUUCGCCGCCGUGAUCAAGGCGAACGCCAAGAUCCUCGGCCUUGGUGUCGAAAACGUCAAUCCUCGUGGCGGUGCUAUUGCUCUCGGACACGCUCUCGGCAGCUCCGGCUGCAGGAUUCUGGUCACUCUGCUCCAUCAACUGAAGGUUGGUCAGUAUGGUGCUGUGGCCAUUUGCAAUGGAGGAGGUGCCGCUUCUGGUAUGAUUGUGCAGAGAGUGGACGCUGGAUCCCUAUGAUGGUAGCUCCGGUAACGGGUAGGCAGAAUCUAAUGUAUUUUAU